AUGGCCUCCCACGCAUCCCUCGACGCAGCAGCCACAGAGCGCAAAGCGCGCCUUGCAAAGCUGAAAUCUCUAAAACGUAAACAACCUCCCACAGACUCAGAGGACCCAGACACCUCCGAGCUCGGGCCCUCCAUACCCACCGAAGCACCCCCGACAUCUACUGAAGAUCCCACCAGCCAGUACCUCUCCGGUCGCAAUUAUGAUCCCGAAACCCGAGGUCCAAAACUGGGCUUCGAAUCUGCCCCCAACGCCGAACAAGAAACGUUGGAAGACCGUGCAGCGGCAAUAGCACUAGAGACGAGGGAAAAAGAGGAGAGAGAGCGGAGAGAGGAAAAGCCGAUUGAUCUUUUUACGCUACAGCCGAAGAAGCCAAAUUGGGAUUUGAAACGCGAUGUGGCGAGGAAGAUGGAGGUGCUGAAUGCGAGGACUGAGAAUGCGAUUGCGAGGUUGGUGAGGGAGAGGGUUGAGGGUCAGAAGAGGAAGGAGGUGGAGGCGAGUAAUGGAGGUGUGGGAAAAGGACAGGAUGGGGAAAGCGUGGGGAUGGGAGGGUCGGAGCUCGUCGAAGGCGUACAUCUAAGAGAGAAAGAAGAAGCGGAAGAAGAGAGAAGGGAGAGGGAAGAGGAUGCCGAGCUUGCCUAG